AUGUCGUGGAAGAAAACAGACAGGUUGAUGGACACCAUCAGGCAUUACGCCAGUUUCCCAGCAACUGGCGUGAGCUUGAGGCAAAUGGUGCAGUUUGGAGAGAAGCCUUCUGUCGGAACUCUCUUCCGUGCCUCGCAGUUCCUCGCGGAGGAACUACCAAUUCGCCUGGCCCAUCGUGUACAAGAACUCGAUGAGCUCCCCGAUGGCCUCAACGAUAUGCCCUCUGUGAAGCGCGUGCAGGAUUGGUACGCACAGUCAUUCGAGGAACUCACACAGCUCCCGCGACCUGAUCUAGACAAGACUACCAGAGAAAGAUUGAUGAAGCCGGCCAAGUCAUAUGGCAAAGGCUCUAUGCUCUCCGAGGCGACGCGAAACCCGAGUAUCGAAGACGGCCAAUAUGCAUCCCUCCCCCAGUCCAACGGAAAUGGUUGGAGCAAACAGAAGAACGUUGCUGCACGGAGGUACUUCGCCAUGGUAGAUGACACGGGCGAUUGGCCGGCCGAGCUCCGACUGUACAAUGAACGUUUCGCAAAGGCGCUGCACGGCAUCAAGAGGCGCCACGACGGAGUCGUCACCACCAUGGCGCAGGGUAUCUUGGAGUACAAGCGCAAGAGGCAGCGCAUGCAGAUCGACCAUAAUAUCCAGUCGUUCCUCGACCGAUUUUACAUGUCGCGAAUAGGAAUCCGCAUGCUUAUCGGUCAACACAUUGCACUGACCGAUCAAAGCCACCACCGCGAUCCGUCCUACGUCGGCAUCAUCUGUACCAAGACCAACGUCCAGGACCUCGCUCAGGAGGCCAUUGAGAACGCACGCUUUGUAUGCGAGGACCACUACGGGCUUUUUGAGGCGCCCAAGAUCCAGCUCGUUUGCAACCCCAACAUCAACUUCAUGUACGUUCCCGGGCAUCUGUCGCACAUGCUGUUCGAGACUCUCAAGAACUCUCUUCGCGCCGUUGUCGAAACACACGGUCAGGACAAGCAGGAGUUCCCAGUGACCAAGGUCAUUGUCGCUGAAGGCAAGGAGGACAUCACCAUCAAGAUCUCGGAUGAAGGCGGCGGCAUCCCCAGAAGCUCAAUUCCCCUUGUUUGGACAUAUAUGUACACCACCGUAGACCGGACACCGAACCUGGAUCCGGACUUUGAUAAGAGCGAUUUCAAGGCACCCAUGGCCGGUUUCGGGUAUGGGCUGCCCAUCUCUCGGCUGUACGCGCGAUACUUUGGCGGCGACCUGAAGCUCAUCAGUAUGGAGGGAUACGGAACGGAUGUCUACCUUCAUCUCAACCGUCUAUCCAGCUCGUCGGAACCCCUCCAAUAG